AUGGAAAAGAGCGAAGUUUCGCUCGCUGCCGACCGUCUUGUUUCGGUUUGAGUGUUUACAAUCAGAUUCUUACUCCCAUAGACUCUCGUGCCUAACGUCGCAAAAGUCGUGAAGCUCUCUCACGAGUUUCCCUCGUCAGCCACUCCAGCAUUUACUUACUACAAUGAUUUUCCUCAAUACAAGGCUGUGAUGAAUGGGAAUUCAAACAAAAUUUUAUCCUUGUUAGUGCUAAUUUCUUCAUUUCUAUUUACCAGAAUUCAGAACAUCAUGGACGAAGUUCACGGGGAAGGCAAUAUUCUGGAUACUCCACAGGUGAAAUCGUUCGAAGAAAAAUUUGCAACAAUUGUGGAUGUUAAUGAUCGUAUUCUUGAUCAUGUCGUAUGUUCUUUUAUCGUUUCAUAACACUUCAGACGUUGGAAAUGGAUCAAAUUGAAUUCCCAGAACGAGCCAGAAAUAACGCCCAGGAGUUGGUAGUCGCAACCCAGAAAAGGUCCUCACUAUCCCAUCCAGUCGUCUCCGAAGUAUUUUAACCUAACAGAACAUUUACAUGUAGAUUAAAAAACCGUCUGAAAAGGAUAUUACUAUCCAAAACGCAGGAGGGGCACCAGGCUCCGUUAAAUUACUUGCGGCAAAAAACGUUUCUCGGCCUCAGGUUCUUUUUUCUCGUCAGCCGGAUAACUCGGCCAAUCCAUAUCGUCCAUUUCUCAAGAAAAAACCGAACGCAAUCGUUCCCCUUGAGAGUAAGUCAACUUUUGAAGUGACAUCACUUUACGAAUGGAUGUGCUGUUGCUCUAGAGGACCAUCGACAGGGCAUUUGAUAAACUUCUUUCUUUUUAGUCAACUUGCCUACUUCGUUAACUAAAACAGUUUCUUCAUGUAACCUGUCUAGAAGCGUGGCAGGUCUAAAGUAA